CCGUGUGCGCAUGCGCUAAUUUCAUGUGGCGGACUGCUUGAACUUUCAUCCGGAGAUUCAGAUGAGGUAUCACCAAUUAUGUCCAGGAUUUUACAGUUAUCAAGAGAAGGGAAUGCGACCAGUGUGGAGAAACAUCUAAGUGGACUUAAGCCAGGAGAUCUAUCACAUGAAUUCAGACAGAUUGUGCUCUCUGGUAAAAGUGGGGAUGCAGCGGCUUUCCUGCAGACGGUGUUUCAGAGUUCUUCACUCAAUCAUGAAAAGGGAGAUUCAUGUCGACUCCAACUGUGCAAGGGGGCCCUCAAGCUCUUAGGUGGCCAAGAAGUGAGCAGCAAGAUGGCUUCAGAAAUCAUUGGAUACCUACUGAUAGAGAUUGGCAACUUUUCAGCACAAUGCUUGGUUGAAGUAGCUGAUAUGUUCAUGGAUGUUGUUAAAUCAAAGGAUAUUAGAAAUGGCAGAGCAUUUGAACUUCUCCCAAAAGUGAUCUCAACACUGGCUGCCAUGGAAACAGUCACCAAGGACUCUAAUAGAAUGUCAGGUCAAGAGUUCAAAGAUCAUCUCCUUAAUAACUUUUGCUCUUGCAGGUGGGAAUCCCAGUGUGCUAUUCACCUUGCAUCAGUAUUCAGAGAGAUACCCCUGAGCAGUGAUCAACUUCAGUUUGUCAUCAACAAGCUGCUGAGGGUUAUGAAGCAUGUGGAUCUCCAGGAGCUUCCACCGCUGGUCUAUCAGCUGCUUCUGCUGUCCUCCAAAGGCCACAAGAAGAUUGUCCUUGAGGGACUCACUGGAUUCUUUGCAGAGCAGGAUAGAAAGAUCCAGGAAAGAAAUGGCAAAGAAGAUGGGGAAGAGUUGGUGUCUUCAAGUUUCUCCAAAGAACACCUCCGUCACACGGAGGGGACAAUUAUCAUCCACAUCACAUUUUCCAUCAAGCAGGACCAGGAGCUAGGUCGAGAGUUCAUCAAGUUUCUGAAAAGUGGCCAGCUAAGAGACUGCAGUACUGUCUUGGCUCCUUUCAAUGUAGCAUUAGCUCUGUCUGUUGCCCAGAUACACAGAUUUGAAGAACAGAUCUUUGAUUUUCUCAAGUCUACCAUCUUGAAGAGUCUCAAGGAUGCUAAAAGACAGAAGGACUCUCCCUGGAUUGCAAAUCUUGUACCUGCUGGCAGCAAUGUCAUCAGACUUCUCCUUGAAACAGUUGAAAACAGCAUGUAUGGAUGGGAUCAUGUGAUCCAUGGAUUAGUCCAGCUGGGUUUUACUCUCAUGGACUCGUUUGGACCAAAACCAGGACCGUUCGGUGGAAAAGCUGUUGAGGCUGGACCUGGUACCCCAAGCACCCCUAACCAGCAGGCCAGUCAGCUAGGGACAGACAUACUUCUGAACCUCUUCAAGUCACAGGAUGGGAUCCGAUCAAGCAUCCUAGAACAGAUCCUCAACAGGGUGGUCACCAGGACAGCUGGCUCCGUCACUCAGUACAUCAAACUCCUAUCCAGUAUGGUGACCUCUGCUCCUCAGACAGUCCUAGACUGCAUGGGUAAAGUCCGAGAGGCCUUUGACUACCUGACCUACCUUCCUGCAUCCACUGCAGAGGGUCUCCUGAAGGCCUUUCAACCCCUGAUGAGACUCAACGUGACCCUCAAGGAUUCUCUUAUGCUGGUCCUCAGGAAGGCUAUGUUUUCCAGACAAGGAGAAGCCAGGAAGAUAGCUGUUCUUGGUUACCUUCAGAUCCUGAGGCAUUUCCGAGUGUUUGGAAGCCUGCCAAUGAGUCAAUCAAGCCAGUCCUACAGUAUGGCUUCUACAUCUAGCCAGAUCCAGGUUGACAUCCAUGGUGGUAGCAAUCAACCCAAUAAUUAUGAAGCUAUUGUUUGCAUGGAGAUUCUUGGAAAUCUUAGACGAUGUCUCACGCAACAAGCUGAUAUCAGGAUGGUUCUCUAUGAGGGUUUGUAUGAAGUGUUAUGUCGGAACACCAAACUACAAGGAGCCAUCACAGACAUGCUUCAGCGUCAGUUCAAGACUUAUUACGAGGCUGAUGAAGACAUCCAACCACCUCUCAAACUGCAACCCUGUAUAACGGCCCAGGGCAACAACGUCUUUCUAGCCGAGCCUUUGGCCCACUUGCUCCAGAGCCUUGUCCAAUGCCUGACACGAUGUAAGAUGAUGCCAACUUCAAGGCGACGAGGGGAAGACUGGGAUGAGGAGACAUCGGACGAUGAUGACGAUGUCGACAAGGAGGAGGCUCUGGAGAGACUGGAGAAGAUGAUGGAAUCUUUGAUGGAUAGGAUGGUGGCCUGCGAACUGGAAGACUUUCAUGUGGACAAGUCAGCGGAUUUCUCUACCACCAGUGGAGUAGGAUUGAGGAACAACCUGUUUGCAAUCCUUCUCUUGGGCAUCAAUGAGGUCCUGAUGGAAUACAUCUUCACAACGUCUAAAGCAUCGCAAUAUAAGAUUGACGACAUGAGAAAGCUGGUUUCUUUAUAUAAGAAGUACCAUCAGAUAGCAGACAUCUUGAAGGAGAAGAGUAGCAAGGGAAAAGGUGGAGGAACUAAAUCACCUAAGAGUCUCCUUUCCAUGGCUUGCUUGGCUAAUAUUUGUGCUGCUCUUUACAGUGACGAGAUGCCCGCCCAUCAGGAGGGUCUUGAGCUGCUCCGAGAGAAUGCAGACUUCUGUCGCUACGUGAUCAGUACUGCUGUCCAGAAACUAGAGCAAAUGAAGGAGAAGGGACAGUGUGACGGACCCCAGGGCACACACCCUGACAGACUAUACCAAUACUGCUGCACAAUAUCAAGGGUGUUUUACGAGAAGUUCUCAUCAGGCCUCAUAACAGCAGAAGAUAGAUCCAAAAAGAAUAAAUCAGUGAUGCCCCUGUGCCUUCAAGGUCUGUCCACAGGAUUGAGCGUGGUGACCACUUUCUACCCCGAUAAGCUGGUGGACUUCCUACACAACGUAGAUCCGCUGACGGACGGAGAUGGGGGCGAUGAACCAGUCUCUGUGGAUGAUCAGGACAUACAGGAGAGGGUACACCUUCACAUGAAGAAAUUCCAGAGGAUGGUGAUAGAUGUACUAACAGGAGGAGAGGAUUCUUCUUCCACCACUAAGGAUGCAGUUCAUCUCUGUCAUAUCAUGGAAAUGCUUAUCAGACAUCUAAACCCACAAGGCACACAGUUCACUCAAGUCCAGUCAUGGAUCUCUAAGGUGUGUCGUGAGAACAGCAUAGAGGAUACUGGUCUUUGUCGGGUUGUCAUGACAAUGCUCUUUAACCUCACAUCCAAGAUGACCUGUCCUGUUAGUCUCCUCAGAGACAUGGCUGAAGAUAUCCACUCUCAAGUCGGAGACAUUGAUCCAGAAGUUGAGGUAGAGGAUCGAACCCACAAUGCCAUUGUCAACUCCAAAACAGCUACACCCACGGUUCUGUUACUGUGGAUGCAGCAAGCUGAUCAUGUUUUGGAUGAUACAGAGUGGCUGGUAGUGAGACUAAGGGCUGAAAGUCAAGCCGCACAGAUUGAUGUACUUGAUGCAGUGAAUCAGCUGUCCACACAGCGUGAAGAUACAGAGAAGGCGAUAUGCAAUCAGCUUGGUAUGUUGGUUACUGGCUUCCAUGAGCUCGUACAGACCUCCCUUCCCGCAGGUCCAUGUAUCGAUACCCUACUCAAGUCACUCAACAGGGUCUAUGGAGUGCUAACUCUGCUCUGCAAAUUUUAUCUUGCCAUGUAUGCCCAGAAAUCAGGUCAGAUAUCAGGUCGGUUUGAGAAGCUUGUCAAACUCACUGGUACCCAUCUCACUCAACCGGUCUAUGGACUUAUCACAUACGUACAGCAAACACAGACAGAGAAGCUGAGUAACAUCUCAACAGGGGGGAAGGCAAGUAAAGGAAAGGAUAAGAAGAAGGGUGACAAGGGCCUGGUGGCGGCAGCAGUGACGGCAGGCAAGGCUAGGGUCGUGAUGAGAGAGACGAGACCGAUCCCGAAUCUUAUCUUCGCCAUCGAGCAGUACGAGAGCUUCCUGAUCAAACUCUCCAAGAAAACCAAGGUGAACUUGCUCGCUGACUUCAAGCUGAGCACAUCUCGUGAUUUUCGCAUCAACACUGCUGUGGUUCAGGCAAACUUAGCAGAGCAAGCAUCAGGAUCAGAUGAAGAUAUGUCUGACUCUGAUGUGCUUGCACAGGAUGAUGAUGAUGGAGAAGAAGUAAUGGAGGUAGGAGAAGGGGAAGAUGAGGGAGACAAGGAGAACCAACAAGAACCGGCUGCCAAGAAAAGGAAAAGUGCUCUAUCUAGGAGGUAGGAUGGGAGGAACAAACAGGCCGGAGCCCCUGCCUCUUACCUUUUCCAUAUCACCAGCAUAUAAACCCCCUUUGACCCAUACACAAAGAGAAGGAAUAAUACACCUUUGAAAAAACUCCCACCCUUCUCUACCCCCAAUACACCAAACUUUUUUUUCUGUUAACAUGCUAAUAUGAGGCAAAAAGAAAAUUUCUUUGCUCUUUGUUAGUCCCACUUCCUGUGAUCCUUGUAUUCAUGUUCAAAAUUAUAUGAAUGAAUUUAGAAACUAAGAUAAGUUGAUCAUAUAAAACAU